AUGGGCAAGCUCUGGAGCGAGACCUCCGAAGCGGCUCGCGCGAUCUUCCAGCAAGCGGAUGCCGUGCUCGGUGAUUCGCUGGGCGCUCCGCUCUCGACGCUGUGCUUCGAGGGGCCCGUGGAUUCACUGAAUCGCACCGAUGUUUCGCAGCCGGCGAUCUACACCGCGUCGAUCGCGUGUCUCAUGGGUUGGCUCGACGGCGAAAACCUGACCAAGAACGAGCUCAACAUCGCCGCGACCGCUGGACUCUCGCUCGGAGAAUACACAGCGCUGCAUAUUGCUGAGGCGUUCAGCUUCGAGGACGGACUGAAGCUCGUCGCGCUGCGUGGGAAGGCGAUGCAGGAAGCCGCGGAAGCGGCGGAUUCAUCGAUGGUCGCGCUGAUCGGGGCGGACGAAGCGCAAGCGAACGAGGUCUGUGACAAAGCACGCGAGGGCGACAUCCUCGUCGCGGCGAACUUCAACGCGCCGGGACAGGUCGUCAUCUCCGGAUCAUCCGCGGCGUGUGAUCGUGCGGAGACUGUUGCAAGCGAGAUGAAACUCCGCGCGACGCGACUGAGCGUUGCUGGCGCGUUCCACUCGCCGUUCAUGAAACCCGCCGCGGAUCAGCUUGCUGAAGCGCUCGCGGCGACCACGAUCAAUGCCCCAAGUAGCACGGUGAUGUCCAAUGUCACUUUCCAGCCGCACGACAGCGAUGCGGACUCGAUCCGUCAGCGUCUGGUCGAUCAGUUGACCUCCCCUGUGCGUUGGGCGGCGUGCUGUGAGUACCUCGUCGAGCAUCACAGCGAGGCGUCGUUCCACGAGCUGGCGCCAGGGAAGACACUCGGCGGCAUGAUGCGCCGGAUCAGCAAAGGGACCAAGGUCCAAGCACACAACGAACCCGAAGCCGUCUCCUGA